UGAAACCUAGCAAGAGUUUCCUCUAUAUACACACACACACACACACACACAGAUCUGACACUCGACAGCAGCAGACUAACAGAGGGCUUUGGACAUCUUAAUUGAGAGUCAAGUGGACGCAGGAUGAUGAAGAUAUCAGGAAGAGUCACUUGGUGCUGUGUAGCUCUGCUCCUCGCCCUGACCUCUGUGUCAGCUGUACAGAAGACGCUCAAAUCAAUCAAUGGUUUGAAGAAAAUCAACUUCGGCCAAUCUGUGCCCAAGCACAGUCUUCUGCUGCUCCACUGGUUUGCCAACACAGUUACCAUUGACGAUAACAAUGUCAUAAGUCUGACCUUUGACCCAAACAGUGGAGCUUAUGGCUCACAUCAUUAUGGCAACGGUGAGGGGCUGCUGGACACACUGCCUCGGGGAAGUCAUUACAGGUACUACACUAUUGGAAAUCUCCAUCAGGAAACGUCCGAUCCACUUCCUCCUUAUGUAGCGCAUCCCCAAAGGGAGUAUGACGGAGAAAACAGGGACAGGAUCAUAGUUCGUGUCAGGGAGCAAAACACAGGAUGGCAAACUUUCCGGAGGAUAGACCAAGUGUAUAUCACACAGCAUUUUCCACAGCGUUUUCAACAUCAGAGGGAAUAUGAUCCAGCUCAUACCUACAGGAUCACCACUAACCUCCUGAGAGAGAUCAGAGAGUUUUCUGUGGGACCAAACCAACAGCCACUGUCGUAUCUCAGAAACCGCUUUGGAAGCAGCGCUGAUGAUUUCGACAUCGAAACUGCAUGGGGUCAGCUUGCUUGCCUUGGCCUGCUGCUGUAUAUUGUGCUCGGGGAAAGGCACCCCUUUACCCCACAAUCCAACUACACAACGCAAUCCAGACAACAAAGCGCCUACACGCCAGAUAACAGACAAACUAGUUGGUGUGCAGCUUUUGUGAAGUGCUGCAUGUUUGUUGUUGUUUUAAUUGGUCUUUUUAUUUUGGCAAUUUCUGCAGCAAGGAGAUAAUUUGAAAUGAGAGAAAUUGCCAUAUAAUGUGUUUAAGCCUAAUGUUUCUCACAAAGUCAGCAGGAUUCAAAAGUUGAUGGGAAGAAGGAAACACACAAUGUCCAGGGGUUCUUCUGUUUUAUGCUUUGUUUUACAUUUUAAUUUGUAUUAUAUAACCUUUUUUGUGAGUGGUGUUAGUUUAUAUUUGAGAUAAAGGCUUAAAGGCCAAAUACUUAAAAUCCUCGAUCUUUUGAGCUUCAAAGUUACAUUUAUAAAAAAUGACAGGUUCUGAAUAACAGUAGGGCUUCUUCUUCUUCUAUUUGAAAUGUGCACAUUGGCUUUUGCUGUUUUUGUAAUAAUGCACUGCUUUGGUGCAGUCAUGAAGCUGCAGGCUUCAGUUUUGCUCCAGCAUGUAUAAUGUAAUAGCUAUGAUUCACUGAGGAUUCCUCCUGUGUGUGAGACAGAUGAAGAGAAUUCAAGCAGCACUGAUUGAUAAACCAAACAGAUCGGUGAAUGACUGUACGGUCUGCAAAGGACAGCCGUCACUGACAUGGAUGCAUUUAACUUUUUAUACUUCCUGUAAUGUCAUAAAUUGUGUGUGUUUAUUAAAUUGUAAUGUGUCAGUAAGA